GGAGAGUUCUCAGACGGGAGACAGGCGGAAUAAAAGGAGCCAUUACGCGGAGAGUCAGUGAGAAGGAAGAAGCCUGCUGCAUCAAGAUCUACCAACGACACUUCAACGACCAACAGAAUUAAGCACCGAAUCUCAGUCUAACGGCGGAACCAUGUCAAAAGGACCAGCAGUCGGCAUUGACCUGGGCACCACCUACUCCUGUGUAGGCGUGUUCCAGCAUGGCAAAGUUGAGAUCAUUGCCAAUGAUCAGGGAAACCGGACCACACCCAGUUAUGUCGCCUUCACUGAUACUGAGAGGCUGAUUGGAGAUGCAGCCAAGAAUCAGGUGGCUCUCAACCCCAACAACACCGUAUUUGAUGCCAAGCGCCUCAUUGGCCGUCGGUUUGACGAUGCGGUUGUCCAGUCAGACAUGAAACACUGGCCAUUUACAGUCGUUGAUGACUCAACACGCCCAAAAGUACAAGUGGAGUACAAGGGUGAGACCAAGGCCUUCUACCCAGAGGAGAUCUCCUCCAUGGUGCUCAUUAAAAUGAAGGAGAUUGCAGAGGCAUACCUUGGGAAGACUGUAACCAAUGCAGUGGUGACAGUGCCUGCCUACUUCAACGACUCCCAGCGCCAGGCUACCAAAGAUGCAGGGACCAUUUCAGGACUUAAUGUCCUUCGUAUCAUCAACGAGCCAACUGCGGCUGCUAUCGCUUAUGGCCUGGACAAAAAGGUCGGAGCUGAGAGAAACGUCCUCAUCUUUGAUCUGGGCGGCGGCACAUUUGAUGUCUCCAUCUUGACUAUUGAAGACGGAAUCUUCGAGGUCAAGUCAACAGCAGGCGACACCCACUUGGGUGGAGAAGAUUUCGACAACCGCAUGGUCAACCACUUCAUCUCAGAAUUCAAACGCAAGUACAAAAAAGACAUCAGCGACAACAAGAGGGCAGUACGCCGUUUGCGUACAGCGUGCGAGAGGGCGAAGCGCACUUUGUCAUCCAGCACUCAGGCUAGCAUUGAAAUCGACUCCCUUUACGAGGGAGUUGAUUUCUACACCUCCAUUACCCGUGCUCGGUUCGAGGAGCUGAACGCAGACCUGUUCAGAGGAACCCUGGAACCCGUGGAGAAGUCUCUUCGUGACGCCAAGAUGGACAAGGCUCAGAUCCACGACAUAGUCUUGGUCGGAGGGUCAACUCGUAUUCCCAAGAUCCAGAAGAUGCUGCAGGACCUUUUCAACGGAAAGGAGCUGAACAAGAGCAUUAACCCAGAUGAAGCUGUGGCCUACGGUGCAGCUGUGCAGGCCGCCAUCCUGUCUGGUGACAAAUCGGAGAACGUGCAGGAUCUGCUCCUGCUGGAUGUGACCCCCUUGUCUCUGGGCAUUGAGACUGCUGGAGGAGUCAUGACUGUGCUCAUCAAGAGAAACACCACUAUUCCCACAAAGCAGACCCAGACAUUUACCACCUACUCUGACAACCAACCGGGUGUUCUCAUUCAGGUGUUUGAGGGUGAAAGGGCCAUGACCAAAGACAACAACCAUUUGGGCAAAUUUGAGCUGACUGGAAUCCCACCUGCACCACGAGGGGUUCCACAGAUUGAAGUGACCUUUGACAUCGAUGCCAACGGCAUCAUGAAUGUGUCCGCGGCUGACAAGAGCACCGGGAAGGAAAACAAGAUCACGAUCACAAACGACAAAGGUCGCUUGAGCAAGGAGGACAUUGAGCGUAUGGUCCAGGAAGCCGAUAAGUACAAGGCCGAGGAUGAUGUGCAGAGGGAGAAGGUGUCUGCCAAGAAUGGUCUCGAGUCAUACGCCUUCAACAUGAAGUCCACUGUGGAGGACGAGAAGCUUAAGGACAAGAUCAGCGAGGAGGACAGGAAGAAGAUUGUCGAGAAGUGUAGCGAGGUCAUCAGCUGGCUUGAUGGGAAUCAGUCUGCAGAGAAGGAAGAAUUUGAGCAUCAGCAGAAAGAGUUGGAGAAGUUGUGUAACCCCAUCAUGACAAAGCUCUACCAGAAUGCCGGCGGGAUGCCUGGUGGUAUGCCCGGCGGGAUGCCAGGUGGGAUGCCAGGUGGCUUCAGCGGUGCUGGUGGUGCUCCUGGAGGUGGUGGAUCCUCCGGCCCUACCAUUGAGGAGGUCGACUAAACAUCAAGUUCACCAAACUUGCAUGAGCUUGUUCUCCCUUUAAGAAAGGGUCAGUGAGGGCUUAUCAGAGUUCUUUCAGAACCUUCAUUGAUGGCUCUUUUGGAUUGUUUUGAUAAUGUCAAACAUGGCUCAUGGCAACACUUUCUCUGUAGUUUUUCAGAGGUCCUUUCAAGCGGUGUUCAUCCAGAAAUGUGUAUUUCCACGGUGUUUCUUUCGGUUCCAGAUGCAAAAUAAAACUUUUUUUUUAACCGUUUAA